UGUAAACAAAUUUUUUUAUAAGGUGAUUUUUAUAGAUGAAGUAUGGAGUGAGUUCGAAAAAAUAUAUGAUUUUAAAAGAGAACAUGUCGAAAAAUCCGAUUUGGAAAAUUUCAUUAAAAAAUAUUUCACUGAAGCAGGAACAGAAUUAACUGAUUGUGAUUUGGACGACUGGAAAGAAAUGCCAAAGAAACUUAUGCGAAUUCAAGAUAAUCACCUAAGAAAAUGGGCUUUAGAAUUGAACCGAAUAUGGCUUCGUUUAUGCCGAGAGAUGCAGCCAGAUAAAAACCCUGAUCGAACUUCGUUAAUUUAUGUUCCACAUCGUUUCAUUGUCCCUGGUGGACGAUUUCGUGAAUAUUACUACUGGGACGCUUAUUGGAUUAUCAAAGGCCUUAUUGCGUGUGAAAUGUAUGGUUUUAUACCGAAUGGUGGUCGUGUUUACUACUUGCGAAGAUCGCAACCUCCACUUUUCGCUGGCAUGAUUUACGAAUACAUUGAAGCAACAAAGGAUUUCGAAUUUUUAAAAACAAUCCUUCCAGCUGUGAUUGAAGAAUUUCGAUUUUGGCAAAAUAAUAGGACCGUCAUAGUAAAGAAAGGAAAAUAUGCCCAUCAUUUAUUCCAUUAUAAUACAACUACUAAUGUUGAGAGGCCAGAAUCAUUCGCUGUAGACCAUAUGAUUGGAAAGCAAGUUCCUGUUGCCGAUCGACGAAAAUUAUUUCAGGAUAUUGCAUCAGCCGCUGAAUCUGGAUGGGAUUUCACUAGUCGUUGGUUUCGAGAUAAGAUUUCUGGCGCAUUUGAUUUUCCUAAUGGUGUACCAACAAGUUUAAUGAGAAACAGCAAAGAACAAUGGGAUUACCCUAACGGCUGGAGUCCUAUAAAUCAUAUGAUAAUUGAAGGAUUGAGAAAAUCUGAUGAUCCAGUAAGUCAAGAAUGGGCAUUUAAUCUUGCUAGUAAGUGGGUUCUUGGAAAUUACAUGGUUUAUCAAAAAACUGGCCAUAUGUGGGAAAAGGUUGGAAUUUGA